CUCUCACUAGACUUCUCACCACGUCCUCCAUUCGCCGCAUCGCCGUGUCUGCUGCCAUGCCGCCGGCGCCAUCGCUCGUGCGCAGCCGCGCGCUCCUCGUGGCAGGCACGUCGCCCGCGGCUGCCUCGCUGCGCCUCAUGCGCGCGCAGACGCCGCUGCGCCGGACGCUUCCCGCUGUGCGCCAGCUCAGUGCAAGCUCAUCAAGGAGGGCCGAGCCAUCAGAGGCAGAGAAGGGGCAGCCAGGAGAUGCGCCAGACGUCGCAAAAGCCGGAAGUGCAGAGACAAAGCCAAGCGCUAGCCCAGCCGAAGGCAGCAGUGCGGCAGGCAGCAGCAGUCCGAGUGGCAGCCAAGCACCCAGCAAGGGCGACUCGCCGCAGCGCCGUGCCGACCUGCGGGCUGCGGCGCUGCGGGCCUCACUGCAGGCACGCCUCGACGAGCUGCGGCCGCGCGUCAUGAACUCGCUGCAGACGCUGCUGGGCCGCUGGAACGAGGUCAGCGGCUACGAGGAGGUCGAGAAGCUGAAGCGCGGCGUCGAGGAGGCCGAGAAGCGUCUGUCCGCACUCCGGACCACACAGCAGGCGGCACAGGCCUCGCACCGCGCCACGGUAUCGCAGCGCUCGACGACGCAGCGCACGCUCAACGACCUGCUCUCGCGCAAGGCCACAUGGACGUCGGCCGACCUCUCGUCGUACACGACGCUGCUGCAGGCCGAGCAUGCCGAGUCGGGCUCGGAGCGCGAGGCUGCCGCGGCCGCCGAGCAGGCCGAGCGCGAGCUGGAGCGCGCCUGGGACGACGUCGUGCGCCGCACGCUUGAGCGCUACCACGAGGAGUGGCGCUGGAGCGAGCGCGGGCGCACCGCCGGCACAUACAUCAGUGCCGGCGUCGUCGGACUGAACGUGCUGCUCUUCAUCACCGCCAUCCUGCUGGUGGAGCCGUACAAGCGCCGCAAGCUCGCCGAGACGUUCGAGAAGCGUCUACUGCAAGGCGAGGCGGCCUCGCAAGCAGUGCUCCAGGAGGUGCUGGAGCGCUUCGAGGAGCGCAUGACGGGAAUCGAGAGCAGCAUUCGCGGCGUCGAGGCCGGCGUCGAGGGUCUGUGCGCCAUGGCCGGCGUGCGCGAGGACCCUCCUCCUCCGGUGGCGCCCGUCGAGCCGAUUGAGCCGCAAGCCCCCACACCACUGGACGAGCUGCUCGACGAAGCGGCGCGCAAGCGAGAGCGACGCGAGCGGCAGACACACCUGGCCAUGGCUGCCAGCGUUGGCUUUGCUCUCGGCGCAGGGCUGCUCGCAAUGGUCAGCGCCGCCUGGAGCGGGUGAGAUAGACUGGAAGCAUAGAAACACAUCAUACCCGGCGCGGCGCUCAGCCAGCCUGCACAUCAUUGCUGCUGCGACACAAUGC